AUGUUUACUGGAAGUGCACAAAAUAUUAGGGAUAAACUUCAAAAGAAUAUUGAUAUUGAUGAAUUUACUAAGGUCAUUCAAAAACUUGUCUAUAGCAAUCUUCAGGAAAACCAAAUUGAGCAAGUGAUCAACUCAUUAUAG